UACACAAGGCAGUAUAGGCAGCUGCCUAGGGCCCAAUUUGCUAGGGGGCCCAAAAAGGUUGGGUCAUACUACCUAUACAUACGUCAAAGGAAAAAAAAAAAUUCUUUAAUUCCACGAGGAGUCGAGGACAACAGGCACAACUUCCUUCCUCUUCUUUAUCUUUCAGAAACACUAAAUCAGAUCUUAUCAUCUCGAUCAAAAAAUUCACAACCAACAUCAUCCAUCAUCUAUGAUCUAUUUGUGUCUCAUAAGGUAAUAUAAGCAAUCCAAGCCGACAAGGCGAAAACCAUGACUGGAAAGCAGAAAAGUGGUCAUGCCAAAGCGGUAAUACGACAAAGAAAAGAUGCCGUAGAAAGGUCUCAAACCGGAGAUAUGAAUAAAUAUUUGGUACCAAGAAUCGUCCAACAGGACCAACAUAUAGUAAGCGACAAUGAAAGCGGCGAAGACAAAACCGAAAAUAUUAACAGUGAUGAGGAGUAUGAAAACUUGGUAAAUAGUAUGUUAGAAGAGGAUGUUUUGCUGAAUGGUAGGGUAAACGAUGAAAAUGUGCAAGAAAAACUAAGUGACCAAGAAUUAAGUGCAGGUGAAGAUGACAAUAUGCAAGAUGACUUGGAUGAGGUUCAAAAUAGAGAUUUUGGACCGAUAAAUAUUCAUGAUCCAGGGAACUGGAAAGAGAUUAACCAGAACUUGAGAGACCUUUUGGUAUAGCAUGGUCCUGUCAGAAGAAAUAACCUUGAUUUUAUUUUUCCCAAAGGUGCAGAAGCUAGAUGUUUUGAGCAUCACCACUUCAUAAGGCGUUUGAGUAAUGGGGAAACCGAAGAUAGAAGAUGGUUAGUAUAUUCAAAUGUUUUGGAUCGAGUUUUUUGUUUUUGUUGCAAAUUAUUCAAGCAAGGUGGACGCAAUUAUCAGCUGGAUACAAACGGCAGUAGAGAUUGGCAUAAUAUGGGUGCUAAGCUUUCACGUCAUGAGUUAUCUACUAGGCACUAUACUUCCAUGCAUAAAUGGAAAGAAUUGGAAAUUAGACUUCACAAGAAUGAAACUAUUGAUAAGGAGAUUCAUGAACAAAUCAAGAGGGAGAAAGAAUAUUGGAAACAAGUAUUGAUAAGAAUUUUUGUUGUUAUUAGAACCCUUGCUAAAAAUAAUUUGGCGUUCCGUGGAACAAACGACAAGGUUGGUGUAGCGAAUAACGGUAAUUUCUUAAGCUUUAUUGAAAUGAUUGCCGAGUUCGAUUUGGUAAUGCAAGAACAUCUUCGACGUAUUAAAAACCAUGAAGUUUAUCAUCAUUAUCUUGGUCCUUCAAUCCAAAAUGAAUUAAUCGCAUUGUUGGCACGUCAUGUGAAAGAUAAAAUUGUUCAGAAAAUUCAAGAAGCAAAGUAUUUUUCUGUAAUACUUGAUUGUACUCCGGACAUAAGUAAUGAAGAGCAAAUGUCUCUUGUCAUAAGAUGUGUAGAUGUGUCCACGUCUUCGACCAAAGUUGAGGAGUACUUUUUGGGAUUUGUAAAGGUGGACGACUCGACGGGAAGAGGACUUUUUAAUAAACUGGAAGAGCUCUUGCAGAACCUGAACCUUGAUAUUCGUAAUGUUAGAGGGCAAGGGUACGAUAAUGGAGCUAAUAUGACCGGAAAGAAUAAAGGGGUGCAAAAGAGACUACUAAAGGUAAAUCCUCGAGCUUUUUAUAUGCCAUGUGCUUGUCAUAGUCUUAACCUUGCACUUUGUGAUAUGGCCAGUUCAUGUCCUAGAGCAGUCUCCUUUUUCCAAGUGGUGCAACAUAUAUAUAACUUCUUCUCAGGAUCUACAAAACGUUGGACGGUGUUUAAGAAACAUGUAAAAGGUCUUACGGUUAAACCAUUAUCAGAUACUCGGUGGGAGAGUCAUAUAGAAGCUAUCAAAGCAAUCCGAUUUCAAGCUCCCGAAAUACGAGAUGCCUUAAUAGAGCUGUCGACUUCGGCUGAUUUUGAUGCGAAGACAAGGGGUACUGCUUAUUCCAUAUUGACACGAGAGAUUGAUAAUUUUGAGAUUAUACUUGGUAUGGUUGUUUGGCAUAGAGCACUACUUGCGGUUAACUCAGUGAGCAUUAAACUUCAAACCGAAGAUAUGAAUCUUGAUGAUGCCGUUACUAAACUAAAAGAUCUUGUUUCUUUCUUUAAGGAUUACAGAAGGAAUGGAUUUGAGGGGGCAUUGGAAGAAGCUAAAAUACUUGCAACAUCCAUGAAUAUAGAGCCUAUUUUUUAUGAGGUACGAGUACGAAAAAGAAAAAAGCACUUUGAUGAAAUCGAUGAGAUAGAGGAAGUACAACCACCACUGCAAGAAAAAUUAAGGUCUCUUGAUGAUAGUACCUUACGGAAUUCUUGUGUGAAACUUGAAAAGUACCUAAGCUAUGAAAUGGAAUUCGAUAUCAAUGGGGAUGAGUUAUAUACGGAGUUGAAGGUUUUGCGAAGUUUUUUGCCUAACGAAACAAAAAAGGCUAUUGACGUGUUGAGUUUCUUAACAAAUAUGGGUGGCUGCUAUUCAAAUGCGUCUAUUUCAUAUAGAAUUUUAUUGACAAUCCCUGUUACAGUUGCAUCUGCAGAAAGAAGUUUUUCGAAGUUAAAGUUGAUCAAAUCCUACCUUCGAUCAACGAUGUCUCAAGAAAGAUUAAACGGACUAGCGAUGUUAUCCAUUGAAGCAGAUAUGCUAAGUAGUAUUGACUAUGAUAGUAUUAUAAAUGAGUUCGCAUCUGUACGUCUUUUGUGCUAUCAGAUCAUCCUAGCAAAGGUAACAGGAGUGAAAGUGAUGGUUAGCAAGAGAAAGCAAGUUACAGCUUUGAGUGCUGUGGACAUGGGCUUGUGA